UGGUUACCAUUAGUAACACAAACAAACAAAAACAAAAACAAAAAGGCCUGAAAAUAUUUCAUUCCAAUCAAAGAUUACAGUGUAUUAUUCCAAUUUCUAACGUGAAUUUAACGUUUAUUAAAAACAAAACCGUGCUGUUAAUUUCAACUAAAAAUAGUGGACUGUGCUAGUGGGAAGUGCCUGUAACGCGCGCAAUAGAAAUAGUAUUACAAAUAGUAUUACUUGAUUGAGUAUGAUCAAAUAAAUCAAAUGAACUGCCGCGGUUACUUGAACUACCUAUUUAAAAAUAUCAAAUAAAACUUCUUCAUACAAUGGAAAAUACCUGCAGAUUAUGUUUAAACGAGACAUCAGAAUCUUUAGAAGAGAUUUGGGAAGGAUGUGAGGUCUUGGAAAAGUUAUCAUCUUGUCUUUCACAUCAUAUAUCCAUUAGAGAUGAUUUUCCAAAGAAAAUAUGUCUACAUUGCAGUCAGAUGGUUCAGGAUAUAUAUUCCUUCCAUCAACAGAUUCGUCAAAACGAAAUCAUGUUACAGCAUAAAAGUAAUAAAUAUAAGUGUCACAUAAAAAAAGAGGAAAUCAAAAGUGAUACUAAUUCAAGUGAUCAUGACAAUGAAUUUAACACGGAUGAAGUAAACAGAACCUAUGAACUAAUCAUUGAAGAGACAAAAUCGAAAAAAGAAAAUACAGUGACUGUUAUAAACGAUGAAGCAAAGCAAAUAAAUAAAGAGGAACUUAAUGUGUUAAAUAUAAGUAAAGAAAGUGAUAAUUUAAAUAAACCCGAUACAGACCAGAAGAAUGAUAUUUACGAAACAGGAGACAACAUACCAUUAUCUGUAUUAAAAGAAAAUAAACACAAAUCAACAAACAAUAUAGAGAAUUCAAAUAAGUUUACAUGUCUAACUUGUUUUAAAGUCUUUGAUAGCCGGUUGGAACUUCUAAAACACUAUCAAAACAUAGAGUUAGUGAGGUUCAAUAAAAACAAUGAAGCCUUGAACGAUGAAACAAAGCCUAUUCAAUACAAAAUGGUGGAAGAUAAAGAUGGCAGUGUGACUUAUAAGUGUGAGAGAUGUUACAAGAAAUACAAACAUAAGAAAUACAUACAACGUCAUAUUAAAAGUCAUAUAGACAAGAGGCCUUACUUGUGUAAAUUGUGUGGCAAAACGUACCAGACCGCGUCAUUAAUAGUGGCGCACGGCAAAAUGCACGCCGGCGACUUGUUCUCGUGCACAUACGGCUGCGGCUACCAGUCAGUGCACAAGCAUGUGGUCACUGACCACGAGAAACGGCACCGGAAUGAGUAUAAGUACAAAUGUGAGACGUGCGGGAAGGGUUUCCAAGUGCUGACGUGGUACCAGCAGCACCAGAACAUACACAAUGACGUGCGCCCCUUCGCGUGCGACCGCUGUGACAAGAGCUUCCACAUGCACAAAUACCUGAUGGUCCACAAAAGCAACGUGCACCCCCAGAGUUCGGGACGUAAGCCCUGGCUGUGCCAGCUCUGCGGGCUGCCCUGCGACUCCAAGAACUGCCUUAACCAGCAUCUCAAGCAAAUCCACGGGAUAGCGACAACAAAAGCCAAUCUAUGCGACGUGUGCGGCAAGGUGGUGAGGGACUCUCGACAGUUGCAACUCCACAAGAGGGCCGUGCAUCUCAAAAUAAAACCAUUCUCCUGUAGUUUGUGCGAGAAAUCGUUCCAGAAGAAAUACACGUUGAAGGUGCACCAGCAGACGCACGCGGGCAAGCGGCACGCGUGCGCCGUGUGCCACCGCACGUUCGCACGCCGCGACACGCUCGCGCGACACUUGAGGAAUUGUCACACCGACUGCAAGAACAAAUGUCGUAAAUGCGAUAAAAUAUUUCCAUCAAAACUGAAGUUAGCGCAUCACAAGAAUUGCACUUCUGUCGUCAUAGAAGACUCGCAGUCCAGAUGAUAAGAGAUAAGAGAGGAGAGAGAUAAGAGACAUAUAGUACAAGAUCCGGCAUAAGAAAUCAUUCCCUCAUCUGUUAUUUCUGUUACGAACUAGGGUUCGAGGAUUUGGAAUUAAACACUUUGUGACUCGUAUAAGACUUUAUUUCACUCCUUAAUCCAAGUAUCAAUACACACUUCCAAACGUAGGCAAUUCGUCGUCCAAAAUAGUAGCUGAGUUCACUUAUGUUCACUUGUAUUGCUGGUAACACUUAAUGUUCACUUCACUCCGUUCUGAAGUUAGAUAGCGAUAAAAACAUCUCGACUUGUAAACAACUCAAAAGGGCGAGCGACUAUGAACCCUAUGUCUUUAGUAAUAGGGUUCUCCGUAACAUUUCAUUGGGAUAAGUAAUAAAUUAUAGAAAAUAUUAACAUUGACACAUUGCAAAUUGGUUGCUUACUUAAAUUGCCGCACAGUAUUAAAUGAUUAUUUGUUUUUUAUUUAUUUAAUCUCCUUCCCUCAAUGGUUAAUUAAAAAAAUCGUAGACUAGUUAAUAGAAUAUAGCCAAAAGAAUAUAAAAAGUAAAGGUUACCUGCUUUCACACUGCAACUGUGGGUUUGCUAGAUACUUAAAUAAUGUUAUUUAUAUACUGUCAUCAGUUAUUGAGUCGUCUAAUAUGUCAAAUGAAAGCUUAUUUUAUGCUUAACUAGCAAACGCCCAUGACUUCGUCCGCUCAUAGACCUCUUUAAUCCAGCCCUUACAGUAGUAUCGCUGUAAAAAUGGAGUAACUUCUCCCGUUUUCCCAACAUUUCUCUUCACUGCUCUGUUCCUAUUGAUCGUAGCGCGAUGAUAAGUAUACUCUAACCUUCUCAGGAGUAUAAAGAAUAAUUUUACUAAGUUUCGUUAAAAUCCGUCGAGUAAUUUUUAUUUUUAUAACGAACAGACAGACAAAAAUUUUACUGGUUGUAUUUUUGGCAUCAGUAUCGAUCACUAAUCACCCCCUGAUAGUUAUUUUGGAAAUAUAUUUCAUGUACAGAAUUGACCUCUCUACAGAUUUAUUGUAAGUAGGUACCUAUAUAGAUUUAACUGUAAUAGGUUGUCUUUGAUCUAGUUCAUACUUUGCUUAUAUAUAUUUUGUAUAAAAUAUGUGUUUGGUCGCAAUUUAACUGAGCAACAUAUUUGCAAUAUGUCACUGUGAACAUUAUCUAUCAUAUAUUUCAUAGUACUAAUGAAUGACAGAUGAGGGUAUAUAUUUCUUAUUCCGGGUCUUAGACCAAUAUAUAAAUGACAGAGAUUUUAUAUUUUCUCCGGCAGUUGUUAAAGACAGAAUAAAAUUGUUUUAUUUUAUGUGUAUAAA